UUCAGGAACGCUGCUGUGUGAAACUCCGGGUUAGUUUCCUACAUUUAUCGGCCAACUGAAAGUCGCCGCUGGUGGGAAAGAUGGCAGCGUGACGUCAGAGCAGCAGCAGCCGCAGCCUCCCUGCAUGUCCACGAGUCCCCAUGGAUGACCUGACCAAAGCCCUCUCGGCCAGCUUCGCUGUGUCCAAGGAGCCCAACAGUACGGCCGCCCCCCAUCCUCGGCUGGCCCAGUACAAGAGCAAAUACAGCGUGCUGGAGCAGAGCGAGCGACGCCGGCGCUUCCUUGACCUGCAGAAAAGCAAAAGGUUAAACUACGUCAACCAUGCGCGGCGUCUGGCCGAUGGGGACUGGACGGGGGCAGACAGCGAUGGAGAGGAGGACAUGGAGAAAGAAGACGAGGGGGAACGGGAGCAAAAUGGUGACACAGAGGAAGAGGGGAUGGAGGUGGAGAGGAGAAAGUUACCAAAACAUUAUGCAAACCAGCUCAUGCUGUCAGAGUGGCUGGUGGACGUGCCAUCAGAACUGGACACUGAUUGGCUGAUGGUGGUCUGUCCCAUGGGGAAAAGGUCUCUUAUUGUUGCCUCGAAGGGUUCCACCGCAGCGUACACUAAAAGCGGCUACUGUGUGAACCGUUUCCCCUCCCUGCUUCCCGGUGGGAACCGACACAACUCAGCCAUGGGAAAAGACUACACGAUCCUGGACUGCAUUUACAGCGAGGUGGACAGAACGUACUACAUCCUGGAUGUCAUGUGCUGGAGAGGCCACCCGGUCUACGACUGCCCGACCGAAUUCCGUUUCUACUGGCUCCAGUCCAAAGUCCAAGAGACAGACGGCCUAUCAGAAAUCGCCAAACGUAACCCCUUCCGGUUUGUGAGCCUCCAAAGCACCGCCUGCACAGCAGACUUGAUUCACAAAGCUCUGGCAGCCGAGUACAGCUUCAACGUGGACGGCCUCCUCUUCUACCACCGACAGACCCACUACACCCCUGGCAGCACCCCUCUGGUGGGCUGGCUUCGCCCCUACAUGGUCAACGACAUCCUGGGCAUAGAGGUUCCCGUAGGACCCCUCACUACAAAGCCUGAGUACGCCAGCCACCAGCUGCAGCAGAUCCUGGAACACAAAAAACCAUCGUGUGAGGUCCGCCCGGCCAACAGAAGCGGAGGCUACGAACUAGAGUACCUGUCCACCCCGAACCAGGAGAGUGGCGACACCGUGAACUUUCUGAAUCAAAAGCCAAUAAGGGAAGCACACAUGGAGCCCUGAGUGGGAGGCUUAACAAGAUGCAAAUUGCUAACUCAGGUUCUCAGUGGUGGCAGCCCACAUAUGGCUCUUUAGAAUGUCUGCUGAAUGGUUCCACAGAUCUGACCAAUUGCAAAGCAUGGCUAAUUCUAAUCCGGCACUGCUCAGGAUGCCCUCAGAGUGCAGAUUAGUAGAGCUAUGAUAUAUAUAUA